CUCCGAGCCGGAUCCGCGCUGUCGUCAAAAGUCAUCACGGACUCUUCACCCUGUUGUCGCCGGCGUCCCCACGCUCGCGGGCAGACUGUGGAGUCGUUGACGGUGGACGUGGGACCUCCCGUUGCCAAGCCGAAGAUCGGAUAUUGUGUGCAGCAAUAUCCUUAAACCGCCCGCCCCUGCAAUCGCCCAUAGAUCGCUCUCAGAUUCCAACCCUGCUACCUCCGGCAGGAACGGGCGCUGAGCCGGGAAGAUGAAGCUUCACCCAUUGAACAUUUCCCAGCCCUGUGCAGACGCCCAUCAUGCUGCCCGAGAGCCGACUUGGAACGUUUUCGCUUUGGCACAGAGUUGUUUACUUGUGUCUGUUUGAAACCAUCACGUUUUGCUUCCUACCUUAUGCUAUCUGUACUCCUCUACUCCGUAAAUUCUCCGCCUGCAUCCCUGUCGAUAGAGAGAGCCGCAAAUUAGCUGGUACGGAGUGCAUCUACCCGGACUGAGAUUGAGCCUCUCCAGGUGUUGAUGCUUGCCAUGGAACGCAGGCCCAUCACCCGUCUUGCAUAUAUAUCAUAUUUGCUG